AUGCAAGCAACUCAUAUUUGUGGUGGAGGAAUUGGUACUACAGCACAUCCAAAAGCAAGCAAAAAGUGGAUUUGUGAAAGUGUCAUAUAUAAAUUAAAAGAAACACCAUUAUACAGAGCUGUUGACAUACAGAAAGACAUAUUGCGUGACCACGAUGUUCGUCUUCCAUACAAGCGUGCUUGGAUGGGGAAAGAGGUUGCGAGGUCGGUGAUUCAUGGUAGUGUGGUUAGUAGCUAUGAUUUGCUUCUGUGGGCAUUACUUUUUAUUGAUAGAACCCAUUUGUUGGCCAAGUAUGGUGGGAUUCUGCUAGGGGCAACAACGAAAGAUAGCAAUGAUGGCCUAUUCCAUGUAGCAUUUGCUAUCGUCGACAACGAAACUGAUGAGAACUGGACUUGGUUUCUCGCUACUCUUGGGGAGGCCUUGUACGGUGAAGAUACCUACGAUAAAAUUAUAACAUUCAUAUCAAAUCGAUCAAAGGGCCUGGUCAAUGCCAUCACGCAAGUCUUCCCCUCAUCACCACAUGGUUAUUGCCUACGUCAUUUGGAGACGAACUUCAUGAAGACCAACUCUAGCCUCGGAAAAUCUUUGCGAAUGCAGUGCUGGGCAAUAGUCGUAAAAAUUAUGUACGCAUACACUUUGAAAGAGUUCGAUGAUGCAGUUCGUGAACUUGCAUUACCUUAUACAAUUUUGUCAACAUCAUCGGCCACAGCAUUGUCAGACUCCUACGCAGUUACAGCUGGAUAA